AUGUUCUGUUCGAGGACCUUUCUGGCAACAUGGGUCUGCCUGGCUCAGCUGGGCGCCGCUCAGAUGUUGGCCUUUACAACAUGGCCAACCCACAUCGACCAUGGCCAACCAGCUACGGUGACUUGGCUGGGAGCUCCUGAUGUUCCUGUCACCAUUUAUCUGCGUAAAGGCGAUGCAACGAACCUCGACCACGUCCAAGUCCUGACUACCAAUGCGAAAGGCGGAUCCUUCACUUUUGUUCCCGAUGACUCCUUGCCCGAUGGUUCAGACUAUGCCCUGCAAAUCCAGCAAGGCGCCGAGGAGAACUAUUCAGGACUGAUGACACUUGGGAACCCUGGCAGCAAGCCACCAAGUCCUCCGAAGCCCCCAAAGCCCACAGAAGACGUUAAGCCGCAGAACAUCUCCACACCCGCCGCUCAGGAUGACGCCUCACCCCAUCACGGCACCGACACCUCAUCUGACGACGAGUGGGAAACAGAGGUCGCCAAGGGUAACAAUGCCCAAUUCACCAAUGUUGAAGAUAUGUCCAAGGGAUCUAACUCAAACUUCACUCACGGCAAAAGCGCAAUGGCGGCUAAGUUAGAAACCAGCGGUGCUUCUAUUGGAAACGUGUACCUUGGCUGGAUCCUGGCCACAGCAGGCCUCUUGUUCUAUGUUACCGAAUAG